CCGUCCAACAGUAUGACCGACCGAAGUGCUCCAAGACCAGCUAUCACCAUGCCUGAUGGCGGCUUCUUCAGCGCUUUUGCCGAGGCCACAGUCCAAGCUCCACCUGCUGCUGUAUACAAGGCUCUGGUUGACACUUCUCUUAUCGGCCAAUGGAACAAUUUCGUGUCGGCUGUGGCCAUCAACAAGCGCUCCGAGGCCGACUCGCAAUCAAAUGAUACUCUGAUGAAGAAAGACAUGGUCAUGACUUUCACUGUGCACAUGACUCCCUCCAUGACCACUUCCAGCAAAGAGCUGGUCACCCAAGUCGAUGACUGUCCAUCUGGCUCCGAGAAAGGCAGAAUCACUCGUAUCCGAUGGAUAAUGGCUAAUAAAGAAAACUUCACUCAAAGAGUAAAUGAAAUCGAAGACCUAGGAGAUGGAACUUGCAUCUACCGCUCCUGGGAAACCUUUGGCGGUCUCGCUGCUCGGAUUGUAAAGUGGAAGUUUGGAGAUUCCUUACAGAAGAAUUUCGAGCAUUGGGUCGAAGGUCUGCAGAAAUAUGUCGAGGAAANNAAAGAGAAACUGGCAAAAGAACGGAGUAAUGCUGUUGAGUUGCCAGUUUGA